AUGAAGAGAAAUCCAAGAAAGGUUCGUUGGACAAAGGCCUUCAGAAAGGUAGCUGGAAAGGAGCUCAUCGGCGAUUCUGUUUUUGAAUUCGAGAAACGAAGGAAUGUUCCUCUUAUCGUCGAUGUCAAAUCCGUCGAAAAGACUAUAGAAGUGAUGGAGAAGGUGCAGAAGAUAAAAUCCAAGCGAGAAAUGCGAUUUUAUGAAAACAGAAUGGCCGGAAGUAAGGCGCUUUCGCUUCUUGAAGGAAAAAGCAAAGAGGCCGCCGAUGCAGUGGAGGCUCCCCUUAGCGCUCGCACACCCACAAUUACCCUUUCAAAGAAGGAAAUUGCCGAAAAAAUAUCGGCAGGAAGGAAAAAGAAAAUGGCCGUUAAGUCUUCAGAGAUGGAUCUUGUAAUGAACUAA